CACGGCUCCCGUGGGGCAUCAGCUCAGAGACUUCCCCUGCUGACAUGGACGAUCCAUCCGAGCAGUCCCACUGGGUGUCCCCCUCCCUGCUCGGCUCAGACCCUCUGGCUGGUUUCUCCUCUGACUCCGGCCUGUUGCCUCCUGGUGAAGAUGGCGAGGCCUUCUUCUCCGUACAAGACACAGACUUCUCCAGCCUGCCGGGCUUCUUCUCCAGCCCCAGCCACAGCCGGGCACCAUCCAGCUACAGGCACAGCUCGGUCCGACAGGUGUUCACCUCACCUGGCCUCCUCAGCAACCUCCAGCUCCUGGACGGGCCGCCCAGCCACUCCCUGAGCUUGCCCUACAGCCCCGCAGCCUCCACCUGGAGCAGCAGCCCCCUCGCCAAGACCCCACUGCACUCACACACACCCACCUCCCUCUACACCCCCGGGGUCACCUCCUCUUUCACCACCUCCAGGGACGGGUACUCAUCAUCUCCUGGCAGAGAGGGCAGGGAGAGUCCCCGUCUGCAGGAGGCCCUUAAAGCAGAGCGGCUGAGCCCACUGGGAGGGUCCGGGGCCGGCAGCAGCUUUCUGAACCUGACCCCUGCAGCUGGGGGGAUGUACACCCCCUCGUCACACACCCAUCCACACAUGUUGAGCCCCUAUAGCUCGUACAUGAGCGGGCCGCAGGACUACAGCUCCGCUGCGCUCUACUCCGGGGCCGGAGCAUGGAUCAGCCCCUCGUAUUCUCCCACAAUCCGGAACAAGAUGAGGGCAACCACUCCAGAGGCCAGGGAGUGUGUGAACUGUGGAGCCACGGCGACCCCUCUGUGGCGCCGGGACGGGACGGGCCACUACCUGUGUAACGCCUGUGGACUGUACCACAAGAUGAACGGUCAAAACAGACCCCUGAUCCGACCCAAGAAGAGACUGAUCGUCAGUAAGCGUGCAGGGACCGUGUGUGCCAACUGUCACACAAGCACGACGACUCUGUGGCGACGCAACACUAACGGGGAGCCCGUGUGCAACGCCUGCGGCCUCUACUUUAAACUGCACAACGUCAACCGGCCCCUCACCAUGAAGAAAGAAGGCAUUCAAACACGCAACAGGAAGGUCUCCAGCAAGAACAAGAAAAGCAAGAAGGCGGCCAUGUUUGAGCAGUACUCAGAGGUGGCUCAGCCUCUUCCCCUGGACGACACCAGCGGGCACUUUUCCCUCGGCCCCGGGACUCUGCUGACCUACAGCCACACCCCGCACCUCAUCCCUACACCGUCGGCCCUGCACCCCUCCAGCAGCUUACCCUACACCCACCACCUCAACACCGGCAUGGUGUCCACACUGGUGUGACGGCUUCAUGGCCUCACCAGCCAGCGUGCUUUCAUCGUCAUCAUCCGUGUGGAUUUGUACAGAAUAAAUCUUAUGAGAUCUCUUAAUUUUCACUGUUUUAAUCAGUUCCAGUUGUAUGCCAAGUCCUAAAAAUCACUCCUCUGAAGUUGCUGCACACAUGAACACACUGAUAAGGGAACUUGUUCAGCUGUAAAUACAAACAAAAUCUGAUUUCAUGUCAAAAUCUGCAUGAAGACGCUCCUUUAUUUAUCCAAAAGGUAAAAACCCUGCGAUGUACAAUGUGUAGUGGGUCUCUGUUAUGUAUUUCCAUAAUUGAUGUGGCCACACUGAAGCAACUGAGGACAAUAAAACAUUUGACUUGU